AGACAGGAGAAGAAUCAGAAAUGGGUGGAAGUAAAUCCAAGAGAGUCGCGGACGACGGAAGAAAGAGCGCAGCUUUGGAUGAAAAUCUCCCAACAGUGGAACGCAUACGCAAGCACACGACCACACACUUCGGUUUCAGCGUGCUAAGUCUUGCUCGACGCGGCAUGGCGGAUCUCCCGGAGGAACUAUGGGAAAUAACGGAGCUGCAAAAGCUGAACUUAUCACUGAACUCUCUUCGCUCUCUUCCAGGAUCGCUGGGUUUGCUGCAAAACCUGGUGGUGCUUAACAUUUGGGGAAACCACCUGACCAGUUUACCACCAGAAAUCGGCCGACUGAGAAACCUGAAGGUGCUUUUUGCAUAUCGGAAUAACUUAAGCGAAGUUCCCGAAGAGCUUUGCAUGUGCAGUAAACUGGAGGUGUUGAGUUUGGCUAAUAAUCACCUCACCGGGCUGCCGGCGUCUCUUUCAGCUCUCGUGGGAUUAAAGAAACUCAAUCUGAGCCACAAUAACAUAACGCACAUCCCCGGCUGCGUCUACACCAUGAGGAACCUGGUGUUUCUGCAACUAGCGUGCAACAAUCUGGAGAACAUCGCCGAUCAGAUACAAGCACUGACGGAUUUGAAGAUCCUCAUCGUCGAGGGAAACUGCAUCCACUCGCUUCCCAAGAUGCUUUGCUGUUUGACUAAGCUGGAGCUUCUGAAUGUUGACUUCAAUGACAUCCAGAACGUUCCUGCGGAGAUGCACAAACUGAAGCGUCUGGAGAAGCUGGCGUGCCAUCCGCUGGAUAAAGGUCUGCACAUUAUGCACAAUCCACUGCUGAAACCCAUUAAAGAAGUGCUGGACGGCGGCCUGCAGGCGCUCUACUGCUAUCUGAAGGCCACGUGAGGGUGUGUUUAUACCCCGCUCUUCAAUCUGGAUCCGACAAGGUCUUCGAGAAGUGUCUUAUUUGUGUUCUGACUGAUAUCAGAGAGCGUGUGUCUGCCGGAGCUCUGCUGCUGAGGGGGUUUGAGGAACAGGAAGGGUUUGUUUGUUAAUAUCAUUACUAGACUCUUUAGUCUAGUAUUUACUUAAUAUCAUUACUAGCUCUUUAGGGAUGUUUUUGGAGCACUUUUGACUACAAAAAAA